CAACACAGUUCGUGUCAACCGUUUCGACAUUUGGUCGCCAUUCGUAAAACUCGUCGAUCUUUGACGAUUCCUAUUAUUUGCUCAGCGCACCUACCACAGUAUAGUAACAUAUGGGUGAGUCUGAGAGAACUUUCCUUCUUCUAGGGCUAGAGGUGUAUUUCAAGUGCGAUAAUGACUUUGUUUGUUUAAUUUUAUACACCAUAAUGUGAUUAUCUCAAUACAAGGAUUUCAUGUGACUUAUAAACGUCGUAUGUAGCUUUGCAGUAGUGAUAUCAUGGGUGUUUCGUUUUUCAAGAUGAUGUGUUAAGAUCAUGUUAAGAAAGAAGCGUGCUUGUUCUUCUCGCAAAUGGACAGAACUACUUUUUUGGUCAAGGGAAGUGGAGUAACGCGUGUCACAUGUCGAAAGAGAGAUCAAAAUGAUUGAUGUAGAAAGAGGAUUGUUUCUUUAUUAUAAAUCAUGUUUGUGCGUUAUACUCCCGUUUUGGACCAGGAGAAUAAGCCAUUAGUGUGUGGAAAAUUUUGUCUCGAAGAGAAGUCUCGACGUUGGCACCCGAAAUCUGAGAAUUUUAAGUUCAGAUUUUGUUUUUUUUGGAAUCAGAGCAGGCGGUCGAGCAGCAACAUAACACAGGCGCAUGAGAUCAGGAGCCUUUCUUUGGCACGCUAAACUUUAAAGUAAUACCCUAUACCGAAAACCGCGAUAUGAUGAAUCACCAAUUGGCUCAAAAACCGCUCUUCCUCGGCUCAAAUUCAGCUGUUUCUGCAUGCAACUAAUUUACAAGUUAACGACGGAAAUAUGAAAUACGAGUACUAAAAUUUGUUUUUCUCGAAUUGCUAAGAUCACGUAGGGGUAUGUAAGAGGGCAAACUUAAUGAUGUAAAUAAAAUAUUGAAACAAUUACGCUUGAAAUAGUUACGCUUGUUUUUUCCUUGUGGUGUUUUUGAGUGCCAAUGAGUAAAACGGACGGACGGUUGCGAGUUAUGGACGCAUCAUUAUGAUAGUCAUUCCAUCAAUCAAUAUCAUGUCUCACUUUACGUAAAAUAAUUGGCUCUUUAGUGAAGAAAUCGGUAUUUUGUGAACGAGGAGCACGCUGUUCGUUAGGCAGCCUCACGGCAAACUCAAAAUUUUUAAGAAAUAUUACAAAUAAAUCAUGGACAGGGGAAUCAAUUCAAUCUAUUGUCAAUCUAUUCUCAAUAUGUUAAAUUGAUCAAAGAUAAGUGCAUUCGUUUUAUAUUUGUUUUUUCUUCUGUAUGUGUGUUGUAGGGUCCGCUCUCUUAAAAAAAGGCUUAUGGGUUCUGAUCUUCUGCAUCCUAAAUGCGGAGCUGAACGCUUCACAAGGUAUGUCAAAUUCUUCUUACUAACGAAUCCUGACAAUUCCUUUAGUAAUAAAUCCUCUUCUCUAGAAUCACUUAGAAGAAACAAAGUUAUUUUGAAUUCACAUGUGUGAUAAGCCUCUGUCUUACAAUAACUCAGGUGAUUGCAUUUUAGAAUCUGCGCUUUGAUUGUCAGCUGACGGAAACCACAAUCUAAUCAAUAGUCACUCAAUACGACCUAAAUGCCUAAUGCACACUGCCUCAUAGUUUCAUGACGGUUGUCAGUUUGUUGCCAACAGUAUGAAAAUUUCUGAAAGUUGUUCGAUCUUAUAUGAGGUUUCUUCGUUUCCACAGCGUAUGAAACUGGGUUUUUUGCGCUAAGUCUGCAUCUUGUCUUACGACCAAUUCAAAUGCGAUGGACAUAUGGACUGUGAAGAUAGCAGUGACGAGCUGGGGGGUGAGUUAAACCGCGGGAAGAAAAUCGAAAAAUGGACAAUUUUUCGAUUCCAACUAUUCUAGGAGGAAAUUAAGGACAACCUCGAAACUAGUUAUUUCAGCUUUUUCGUGCCAAAAGUUCCUCUGGUCAAGAAAAAUAUAUUUUCAAAUCAAACGCUUUAAAAAAGGCUCGAAUUAGUCGGCUUUUGUUGUAAGUUUUUGGAAAUUGGAUACAAGAAUGUCCUGAGCGUUUCUUGCUUGUGACUACAUGGUAUUGCAAUGAUGCAACAGAAGUUCAUUAUUGUUAACGCCAAGAGGAGAAUUUUGUUGAAGCGAUUGUUUACUUAAAUCCUAUUUUGUCGGGGAUCAUUUGCCAUCUCAGCAUUAAAAGUUCUGCCGGAAUUAUAGUAAUUAUGUGAAUGGUUACAGUCAAAAUGAUUGGUUCACUUUAUCCCCUUUGACUUGAUACUGAAAUGUAUCACUUACUUGCCUUCUUAUUCUCGUAGGAUAGAGCAAAACAGUCGUUUCAGGAAAACUCGGCCGUGAUAAAUUGUAUCUAUUUUUCAGAUUUGGAGGGCAUCUUCCAAGACUAUGGCAGCAAGGAAACUCAACCAUUCCCGGUUUACCAUACAGUAAAGGGCUUUGAUAUUCAAUUGAGAUUCUCCACUGAAACUUGCACGGGGCAAUUGGUGGAGAUAAAGAGUAAGGACACCAAUCAUUUCUUGCGUCUCACGCUUCUAGACAUAGGCCCCAUUCGGAUGUCAUACAGUACCCCUAAAGGUAAGAGCCAAUUGAAUCUUGCUAUGCCAUUAAAAGGAGGGUUCUGCGAUGGCAAGAGGCACUCUCUUUGGCUCAGCACCUACCGUGGUGUUGUUUCAUUUGGUGUAGACAAAGCUCCUCCAAUAAGGUUUUACGUGGCACUCUUAAGAGAACUAUUUCCGUCACCAGCAAACAUAAUUAUUGGCAAAGGUCUUCAAGGAUGUGUUUCUGGUUCCACGGUUGUCCUUCGCGUCAGUAAAACCCAGGAAUACCGUGUAGGAACGUCGUCUGGUUGUUCUAUGAAUAGUAAGUACCAUGGGACUCUUUUAAUCAGUAGAUAAUAACAGAAGCCUACAACAUUAGAAGCACGUUCUUCAUCCUUGGAACAAAGGUUUUUUGAACUUGAAUAUAUUGUUAAAUCAAUCGGCAGAGUAAAGUGCAAUACGCGUGGUGAACAAUUUUGGUAACAUUUUGGACUGUUAAGGUUUUGAAAACUUAAGUUUUUCUGUAUAGUCAGCACCAUACAAUAAGUAUACUGUUUGUGAGUAUCGAUUAAUUUAUAUUUGAGUAGCGUCAAUGAUAACAAUUCACAAUAAUUGAGAAAGCAUUUUAAAAAUGGUUGCGAGCCAAUAAAUUUCGCUCACUCUUGCGGUAUUAAGCGCAUGCUCUCAUCUGUUAUUUAGAACAGGAGAGGAGAUGAAAAUAACCUAAGCGAACGUUUUUCAUGAAAGCAGAUUGGUCUGAGCGGUCGCGGAAUUGCAACAAAAAGGCCUAAAGGCAACAAAAAGCCAAAAGGUUUAUGGAUCACCGAUCAUGGAGAUACUGAUCAUUGAUCAUGGAAAACUGAAAACUUUUUUUAGUGAGGCGAUACACAUAAGAAAUACAGUCUAAAGCGCAUUGUGCAUCGCUAUCAGCGACUUAGAGCCAAAGACUAGCUGUUAACUGUCAACCUUUUAGUAUUCCUUAAGGUCAAUUUCCUUUUUUUCUUCUGCUAGAACCCACUACUCAAUCUCCGAAGCAAAUUCUUGCACAGGUAUUGGAAAACUCCGAUAAGGUAAUAAAGGUAACGACUAAGAGGACAACCUUGAUAAGGGGAACUCUGACUAAGAACGAGCAAAUGUGGAUGACAAAUUCACUGAAGAAAGUAACAACGAGAAAUCCAAUUCUACCAAGGAAAGCUGAGGAAAGUACAACUGAAGCAACAUCUCUAAAAAAGGAUGCACGCUAUACAACAGAAAAUCAAGGAAAGGCUACUAUUGUGGAAAGUUCUUCGGCAUUGACCACUGAAAUAGACUCAAGGGUGUCUACAACUGCGACGGGAUCAACAACAAGACAAACAACAAGCUUACUUUCCUCUAUGAUGACAGGAACACUAUCAACAGUUAUAGGAAAAGAAAAACUUGAAAAACGCUUGUCAACAGCUGGUUCAUUAGUUGAUAAUAAGUCGAGCAAGAGAAACGAAACGAAGAAUGGCAGGGACACAGUACCGACAAACACAGUCAGUCCACGUUGGAAUAUUUCAACGCCAGUAAUGUCUACAACAAAACCAGGUAUGUUCAUUCAGCAUAGUCACGAGGGCAGGGUACGGCUGAUAAGGGAAAAGGGAUAUUAUUCAUUCCGUUGGAUAAAUAAGCGCUUUGCCUAUUGCUAAGAAAUCUGCAAAAAAAGAGAUGUAAUUAUUUUUCAUCAGGAAAAAUGUGGCUGGUUCCUUAUUAUAUAUCAAGAUAUCUCAACCGUUGACAGUAAUUGGAGCUCUGGAAGAAUCCACAAUGAGACGAAAUGGGUCAUCAUAAGUGUAUCUAAAAUAAAAUAAACAAGACAAAAAAAAUCGCAGAAGCAGACAAGCCAGUUAGGUAUUUAUAAGCGUGGCCUUUGAAAAAUUUUGCUCUCCAAUGAGACUCAAUCGUUUAUACGUUUUGUUGCCAUUCUCGUGUGUUUUGUUUUGUAGACGUUUGUGGAGGUGUGCUGAUGUCUGUCAAGGGCCAGUUGAUGUCCCCAGGAUACCCAAAAGGGUAUCCCUCCAACACAACAUGUAUAUGGUCCAUCAUCUUACCAAGUGAUUACCACCUCAUCAGUUUUACUUUCCAUAAAGUGUACUUAGAGGAGGACAGAAACUGCGUGUAAGUGGCUUUCUCAGUUUUAUUUGGAAACUUGUUGCUAAAGAACAUUUUUUCGAUCCUCUUGAUCGUCUGCUAGUAGCUGCAACCUUUGUGCUCAAGACUGUUCGGAGAGCUUUUUCCCAGCCUUAAGCUGUCCGCGUCUAUUCAAAUUCACUCAUAUUCAAGUCAAUGCCAAGGAUAGGCGUAAGAUUUGUACCAUACACUCAGCACGAUGUGUUGUUUGUCAAUGUCUAAAGUGCUGGCUAAAGUGCUGGCCAUAAAAUUAAUUCCAUGUUGUAACCUUUGAGAUCAUCAGAUGGCCGAUAGAGCAGAGUGGCCUCUCCUGAUGAAUAUCAGGGUGUAGUCAUGCCGCUCAGUAUGUUUCAGCAACACCUGGACCUGCAAUUAAAACAUGUUAAGACAUUGCUUUGCAGAACCAUGUUCUAAAGCGAUUUCAAUGUAGAAAAACGUCAUCCUAAUAUUUAUGCUAUGGGCGAUGAAGAGUUGUAGCUAAGAAUGAAAAGACAUUGUUCUUUUCGAUGACCCACCUACCUAAAAAUCUCGAGGUCCAUCGAUUGUUUAAAACCAGGGCACAAAUAAGACUAUAACUAGGUCGUUGUCUUUAAAAGUCGUCUGAGACUAUGUCAUGAAAGCUAAAUGUUAACACCUAUCUUUGAGGAGCACAGAUACUUUUUGAACCGAAAAUCUUUAGCCAUUGUGCUUUUUGCACCGAUUUUCCUGGUUUGUGAACUUUUUUAUAGCCUAGGUCGUAAAGGGAGACCAAAGCAAUUUUACUCAUAACUGGUUUUAGAAAGCACAUAUCUAUUUCUUUAAUUAGGACAAUAUAUUUGUUUUCAGAUACGACUAUAUUGCUGUGUGCGACAUGUUAGGCAAUGAAGUGGGUCAGCGGUAUUGUGGUUCCAUCACGUCUCCUAUCCUAAAACACGUCAAAGGCAACAUGGCCACAGUUGUUUUCCGUUCAGAUUCUGCAAACAGCAAGAAGGGAUUUAUCUUGUCUUAUAAAGGUCGGAAAUGCCAUAACCCAUCGGUUGUGGAUGAGUGAAAGAUACCUUUAGUAUAGGGCUUGUAAAAAGCAAAUCCAGCUUUGUAGUUAAGAGCCUUCUACUAAUUACCUGGUUAGAAAGAACGUCCAAAAAAGUUCACCUGAAGCCACGUAGGAGUUGUAGGUGAAGUCCGUUUGACAUAAAUUGUGCAAUUUGUCGAGUAUUUCGGAAAUUUUGAUUCCCAAAAACCUCUUGAAAUUGUUCUCUAAAAUGUUCACAAAGUAACAAAACCGGCAGUUUUUAGAUAGCAGUAACUGAAAACCUUUCUCAAAGAUUUUCAUUGCAUUGCUAUAAACAUUACACAGUAAUAAACAUUUUAUCCACUAUUCCGUGUGUGCUUGUAUCGGAGGAAGAUCAAGAGCGUUAAAAGACAAUGAGAGUAAGUGAGACAGUGACAGAGACAGUCACAAUGAAGUGUCAGUGACACAAACAGUACCAGUGAAUGAAAAGACACUGACCGUGACAGGGACAGUGACGGUGACACGGUCAAUGAUGGUGAUAAUGACAGUGAUAAUGAAAAUGAAGUGGGAGUGAUAGAGAAAGUGAAUGCGAUAGAGACAGUGACAUUGACAUUCAGAGGGACAGUGACAGUGUUAGAAACAGUGACACUGACAGUGCAAGUGACAGAGACAGUGACAAUGACAGAGACAAUGGCAGUGAGGGAGUAUGACAACGGCAACAGAAACAGUUUCGAAGCCAGUGACACAGACAGUGUCACAAAUGCGACAAAUCAGAGGCAAUGUGUCAUUUUUUUUCCCGAAAGGUGACUAUCCUGUUUCUGUCGUCCAGGCGGGCCACCACCGCACCCGAGGAAUUGAUAGACAAUCAGCACAACAAACAGCACAUUGGAAACUACAAAUCGCAUUCCAUUCACUUUCACAUUUCACCCUCACAACUACGCAAUUAAAUAUAUCAUUCUUAAAAACUUUUAAUUACUACAAAAUGAUUCAGAGACUGGUACAUUCUUUUCGCAACUUCCAGUUAUGUCAUUCAAACGUGACAAAAUCAUAGGCAACUCUGUAGUCAGAGGUAAUGACCUGCCUGGAACUUUCAAAUGCGCCUGCGCAUGAUGCAGAUCUGUCCUUUCAUUCAUGAGGUGGAGGAAAUGUCGGGACCCGAGAGAUCCAUCAAGAUUAAUGAUCGAUCCGUCAAUGUCAUCUACUGCAUAACUUGCACUUCUUGCCAAAAGCUAUACAUAGUUGAAACAGGAAGACGACUGGGUGACCGAUUCCGAGAACAAAAAUGUAUCUUUCCUAAAUUUAUCUUUGAAAUCGGCACUCUUAAUCCCCACGUUAUCAACGAACGCUUUCAUUCAACUAGUUUAUUCUUGUCUUUCUCGUUACCUGUUCCCACCAAUAGCGUAGUUCCAUUUUCUGCACGUAAACACACACACAACCCACAAUUCCUCCAUUUGCUCUGACGAAGGGCUGACACUUGGAACGUCAGCUUUGAAACUCUUCAAGGUGGCCAAUUUACGUUAUCAACUCAGUUGAUAAUACCAUAUUACCUAGUGACAGAAACAGUUACACUGACACUGCCAGUGAUAGCAAGUGACAUUGUAAGUGACAGUGACAGUGGCAAUGUGAGUGACAGAAAAAGCGACAGUGAUUGUGACAGGCAGUGACACUGAUAGACUCAGUGACAGUAACAGAGAAGGUAACAUAGACAGUGAGAGUGACUGAAACGCUGCCAAGGCCAGUGACAGAGACGGUGACAAUGACGGUGAAAAUGAGAAUGACAUAAACAGUGACUGAGGCAAUAAUGGUGAGAGUGAAUAAAAAUUGUGAAAGAGAAAGUGACCGUAGAAGUGGAAUUCAGAGUGCCCAUACCACUGAGUGAAAUAAUGACAAAGAAAGCUAGAGUAAAUAUGAGAGACAAUGACCUUGUGACAGUGACAGUGAGAGUGACAGAAACAGAAACAUAAAUAAUGAGUGACAGAUAUAUUUUCUUUCAUUCUUCUUAACGGUAAUAAAAUCGUUUAUUUAUUCUAUAAUUCUGUAAGCAAUACCAUUAGUCAAUGGGAAGCAUUCAAUAAUGAGCAGACUCUGCUGAAACAAUUUCUGAAAGGAUUCGCAAACUUCAACCAACAUGUGAGCAAACAAACUGAAUGUUAUUACGACACGUUGUGCAUGACAAUUGGUGGUCACGCUUCAAAAUGGACACCACGUCAAAAACUUACUUAUGCAGGUAAUAUUGCUAUUCGCAAUUAGAAACCGACCUUACUUUAAACAUACCUAACAUGGAAAACAUACUUUAUAACUUUGGGUAUGAAAUAACCAGACUGGGUACGACUGGGUACAAAAUGACCGUGGUCACGAGACGACCCUUGGUACAAAACGACUGGUAACCAAGAAAUAAGAGUGACAGAGACAAAGAAUGGACAGUGACAGUGUUAGAGGCCGAGAUAGUGGCAGUCGCAGUAACAGUGAUAUACCAUACCCUCUGCAUAGUGUGUCAUUUGCUGGUAUCUGUAGUGCUGGAAAAAAAAGGAAUUUCAUGACACAACCCUUAAGACUGUCAGCGGUAUGGCUGACAGAACUGACGUCCUUGUUUUCUCUUCAAUUCCCGAAAACAGCUAGAGGGGAUUCGUCUUGUCUUAUAGAGGUCGUGAAUGCCAUAACCGAUUGAAGUGGAUUAGUGUAAGAUAUUGUUAGUAUGGGGCAGGUAGAAAUUAAAUUCAGUUUUGUAGCUGAGCUUUUCAUUAAUUACCAAGUUUGAAAUAAUGUCCAAGAAAGUUCACUUUAGGCCAUUUAGGAGUCGUAGGUGAAGUCUGUUUGACACAAACUAUGCAAUCUGUUAAGUAUUUUGGAAAUUUUGAUUCCUAAAUGCUUGGAAUUGUCUUCCAGGAUGUCCACAAAAUGGAAAAACAGC